UUGGCAGAGAUGUUUGAUGGCAGUGCAGCCCAGUUCCUUGCUAUACUCGAGGCCGUGACAAAUAGCUACCGGCGUGUGUUACACACAGGCCCCCCUCUCCCUGCUGAGACCGAAGUAUAUGACGUGUUGAUGGAACUGAUCCUAGCUGGCGUGGAGAUCCUGGCAGGUGGCGGUGGUAAUACUCAAUAUUAUAUGACUUCCUCCACAAAUCCUAUUGCUGGAAUUGUUGAACUCAAGUCACUUAUAGAGAUGGCAUCUGCAGGAGAAGAUGGAGUGUCAGUGGAGGGUGUUGUGAGGUUUGUGAAGGCUAUAUUUUGCUACGAGCACUGGGACAUAUUUGACAACAUUAUUGGCCCAGUUUUCAAUUUCCUAACUUCGGAUGAAAAUAGAACAUGGAGGAAAUAUGAGCUGGAUUUGGAACUGCUGCUCGCGAUGGAACCUUUACUAUCAAAUCGGAAACCCAAACACGGUCUCCAGCUCAGAGAAAAAUGUGCAGGAGUUGGGUCAUUUGGGGCUGGAAGAUCCAAUCACUGGUGUGAUGAUUUUGUGAUACUUGCGGAGACACUGUAUACGUACACCUGCACUACUAGAGAGAACUCUGUGCCUGAUAAGGACAUGGUGGUGGAUGCUGUCCUGUUUCUGUGGCAGAAGUGUAAGAUGGUUUUGCAGAGAACUCAGAUUGGGUUGACAGAUCCCAUUAAAUACCUACAGAAGAUUGAUCACUUUGGGAAGUGGAUUCAUAUCCUGUGCUUGACUGAAGAGGUGAUUUGUUGGUGCAACAUAGGGGAGAUUGACCCAGCAGUGGUGGCAGAAGUGACCCUGUAUUUAAUAACGUUGCUGGAGAACCUGGUGGAUUCAAAUUUAAAACCCAGGAAGAAAUCAGGUUUCCAGGUGCAGGAUGAGAGCCAAAAGCCGGGAAUUGAGCAGUGCUUCCCAUCAAGCAUCUUCAAGAAAAAGCCAGUUGAAAAGAUUCUUGUGGCCUGUAAAAUGGCUAAGAAGGCGAUCGAUAGCAUGGAUGCUGCUCGCUUAAUAGUCGCCUCAUCUAAUGCAUCCUCAAUGGUAGACAGUUCUCGUUUAAAGUGUAUCUCUAUGGGUGAGAAACAGCUUUUCCACCCAAUGCAUUGUGAAACGCAGAUGAAGACUACAGAUAAAGAAAGUUCCAACAAAUCAGCAUCUAUCCACAGCUUCACCAUGGAUUUACAUCUGGAACUCAUCCAAGCCUAUCACAGACUGGCACUCAAAUUCAUCAAGUUAAGUCCUGAGGAAGACAUCAUUGCUAACAUCAAGAAUAACAAAAUAUCAAAAGCUCUGUUUCUAAUGCAGAAAGCUUUGUCGUUGCCCAACAAAGGACAAAUCAGUAAUACCCAAAAACAACUUCUUGAGGAAGUUGUGUCUGUGCUUCGGAAAGUGGAGGCUGAAGAUAAAAAGCUCUAUCAUUUGAAUAGGGAUCAGAAAUCUCACCCUACAGAAAACGAAGGUGUUGUACCAGCUCCUAUUCUGCUUUACAGAGCACACAACUCCAUGAUAUUCACACCAGCUCCGUUUAAUUCAUCUGAAAAGGUUUACUGGUAUCAGAUAUUUGGCCGUAUUGCCACAGGAUACAAUCCCAAAGUCAGGAUGAAUGAUUGUCACUUUCUAGGGACAGGACAAGAGGUACCAGCAUCAGGGAAAUGUUUUUUGAAGGUAGGAGGAUUGGAACCCAAUGAAAAAUACAUCUUUGCUGUUGUUGCCUAUUCCGAGACUGGAAAAAUAAUUGGAAACACAAUAGGGGAGACGACAAAGCCAAUCCUCGCCUGUCAUCCUCUUCCCAUCCUUACAACUUGGGCCUAUCUUUGUCAGUAUUCGUAUCAAUUGGGACAUUAUCCAGUAGCAAAAUUAGCUUUUUCAGUGCUUUGGGAUCACUUUGUCAUAGCAGCAACCAACCAGGAUUUCGCUAUUUCUUUAACCGAAGAUUGGAAAAUAGUUCCAAAAAGUUUAUGCUGUACGGCUUUGCAGAGAGCAUCGCCCAUUCUGUUGCGGCUUUUUCUGGGAAACAUUUUCAUCAGUUGUGACAUUAGUGUAAAGGAGGAAGAAAUCUUUUGUGAUGCUCUCUGUAGCAAUGGACCACUCCUCAAAGGACAACUUUGGCGUUUGGCUGAAUGUGAGAAGAUGCUGGUGGCGAUCGAACUUGCCGGCUGGGUCAAUGACAACAAUCAAGCAUUGCAGGCUGUGGUCCAGUGCUAUGGACUUCUUGCACCUGUGAUCUGGCACAUGAUUCCUUUAGUGCCAGUUGUGCAGAUCCUCAUCAAAUGUCUGAGUGUUCUACAAGAAGUUCUCACUACCUGCAAGCUCAAGAAACAACGUGCAAUGAUCAACAGUUUACAACACAUGAUCGCUUGUAUGACUUGUCACUUGGCAAAGGUGCUGCGUUCCUGGAACGAGUUUGAUUUGGCUUUCGCUGUAAUCAAUAUCGGGAAGAAAUUGUUGAAAUCGAAAGUUAGUGAUGAUGAAAGCAAAGCUGAGGAGGAUCCUGAGUCUGUGCCACAGGAUGGUUGGGAAAAACGUGCCAAACAGGAGUCAGUGCUGCUUGAAAAAACAUUAAAUGAACAAGUGGAGACGGUGGAAGCAGGAUUGCUACAAAUGUCCAAAGAAGUUGUAACAAAGCUGACUGGGAAUGAAGAUCCAAGUUUGCUGUUUGGCGUCAUCUUAUUCUCCCCAAUAGAUUCUGCUUAUGAAGAAGUGAUCAAAUUUAAGGAUUCAAAUCGUUUCCUGGAGUUCUUUAACAUAUUGAUAGAGAAAGCUAUUCACUUGGAUCAGCUCAGCAUGGUUUUAGAGUGGGUGAAUCUUGCUGAAAGUGGAUUAAAACAUCGGAAAGAGUCCACUUGUAAUCUUAAGAAAAAUCUGAAAAGAAUGCACACUCCUUCACAACCUGAAACCGGUAAAAUCGCAGCAGCAGUGGUGGAAUAUCAGCAUAAACCUGAAUACCCUUCUGAUAGCAAGAAAGUGAAAAAAGCUGUGGCCAAACUGAAAGAUGCCAAGGAGCUGUACGAAAACAAACUGAACAUUCAGAGCGAAGCCAAAACCCGCUCGCUGAAAGACAUUGAAGACCUUAGAAAGUCAAGAGAGAAGAUGGAAAAGAAAGCCACACAAGCCUUGGAGGUUAUACUCGGGCCUAUCCUGCGGGAACAUGCCAAACGGAGGAAGGUGCGGCAGAAGUUUGCUGAUGAGAUGCCGUUCCGGAGCCACAUGAACCUGCUGUUCGGUUUCACAUACUUCAGUUUAUUCAUCAAGUCCAUCGAACAUCAUUACAAACAGGGAGAUCAGAUCACAACUGUCAUAAACAGAUAUUCAUUUUUGGAUCCUGCCAUUUUCUCUCUGUUUAACUGUGGCACUGUGUUGCUCAAGGACGAGGAGGAUAAAAGCACACAAGUGACUAUACAUGAAAGCCUUAAAUUACCACCAAUAAGAAGGAAAUUCAGUGCAACUUGGAGCAGGAUCUCUGACGACAGUGAAAGCAAUGACAAUUCAGAAUGUACAGAUGCCAGUGAGGAAGAUCAGGCUGAGGAAAUGCUUUCAGAACAUGAGGACGAAUUAGCGACUAUGGCUGAAAUUCAGGAUCAACUUGGAAAAUCGUUCUUUUACUUCAAAAGAGCAGUGGUACUUGCACAUCGCUGCUACCUUUGGACAGCGCUGCAGAAUGUUUGUCGAGGGAUGUGGAACUGUGCACAUGUUGCUGUGAUGUAUGUCACUGGUAUGGAAGCUUUACCAGAACCCUAUCCAGUAACAAUAAAGCAAGUCCGAAGCAUCUUCUCCCUACCAUUUUACUUAGCUUCAGAAAAUCUUCUGGAUAUGGUGGUUCACAUGCAGAAAAUAUACAGUAACGUGAAGUUUGUUGACCCAGAUGGCAUCUUUGUGGCCCCAGGUUUUGUGGAAGGCAUAUCAGCCGAUAAAGGAGGAUUUAGUUUGAGAUUUGAAAAAGAAUUUGAUGAUAUAAACGUGAUGGACUUGCGUUUGGUGUGUGAUAUGGUGCUGUACACUUUGGAAUUGCUGUACUUUGACGAACAGUGGGAGAGAUUGACUGACUUGGCCAUGCACUUCAAUGCAUUAACACAUGAAAGAUUCAUUGAGAAGGUGACGCCUGUUCUAGUGUAUGCUCAGAGACAGCUGAUGAAAAGGAUACGAGAGUUCAAUGGCCCAGAUCCUCCCCAACCCCAUUUGUUACAAACCACAAAGGAUUCAAAAGACUACAUAAAUUCCAGAUCAUUUAUUGCAUCCCAGAUGAAAAUUCAGAUGCCAAUUAUAGAAGUCGUCAAUCAAUCGUCAGAUUUAUGUUUUGGGGUAACGAGAGCUAAAGCGUUGGUGGGAGUCCCGCUGGAUGUGAAUGAUACAUUGAGUUGUUUCAAAGACUCAUUGAACAAGGCUCAUUUUCUCAGUCGUAUUCUCAGGCACAGCAGGAAACUGUUUACGUUGUACCUGGCUUACACACAGCAACAAAAACUCACAAGGCCUAAAGCCAUUGGGUUCAAAUUAGGAACAGCUCAUAUUGAAAGCUGUACACCUGACUUUUCAAAUGAAGAGUUCCUUUCAUUUGACUCCAUCCAAUCUAAGCCUGUACCUGAGUCCAGCCUCUCGCUGCCCAUUUCAUCCUAUGAUAAAACUAUUGAGCUGCUUCAAGCACACAGACAGAACUCGCUGAGUGCACAGGCUUUACAUGAACUCGGAAACCUGCAUUUCUGUGCAGGAAACAAAAGAUCAUCUUUCAUGUGUUGGUGCAAGGCUGUUGAUGCAGCUUUAGAUAUGACGAACUUUCUCAGCAACUGGCGUCACUUGAAAAAAGAUAAAGUGAACAGCGGUAUCGAGUCACUGAAAACCUCCAGAGAUUACAGUGAAAUAUUUUUAGACCAAGCUGGGAUCUGGGGCUGUCUGCUCGCUGGAGUCUUAACUGCUAAAAUAGCGCAGUAUUUUGCAUCUUCAGAUUUGAAGUUCAGACAGGAUUGCUGCCUUGUAUCAGCCCUGCUUUUUAAGAGUCUGUUCAGGUCCACCCUCCCCUAUCCCAGGGCAGAUUAUGAAUAUGCAUCGUAUGAAAUAGGCGAUGGAUGGCCGACACAUGAGCUGAUUCCUGGAAUUGAUCUUUUCUCCGAUCGAUUCAGAAUUGAUGUACGCUCAGUGGUGGGCAGUUUGAGAUUCGUGCUAUAUGAGCUGCAUCGCACUGGGCAAUACUUAUUGGCUCUACCUUUGUUCACACUGUAUCAAUACUUUGUCACCACAAUCUGCCAUGACAAGCAAAGGAGUUUUGAAGGACGAAUUCUUAAGAUAAAGGUUUUGACAGACUUGGCGUUCUUUGCAGAAGCUUUUAAAGAAUUUAGUGUUGUGGUUCAUGGAGAAAAGGUUCCACAUAGAAUUCUGGGCUGUUUCAAAUACGUUGAGUCAAAGAAUCAAAUGUUAUUUCACAAUACAAAAUCACUGAUGGCUGAGAACAAUAUCAUGGUACUCCAGGAAUUACUUAACAGCAGUCCGCCCCCGGACUUGUGUAAACUUUAUGGUUCACGUCUUAUGAAUAAAUUUAAAAUUGCUCAAACGCAUUUUCUCAUCAAAAUUGCUGAAACCAUACACCAGCUGCCGACAACUAUCAGUGAAGAAAGUCAGAGCUUACCCAGGCAAACUAUUGAAGAAGACAGAGUUAUAGAUCUUGAUGUUGCUAUGCCUCAUCUCAUCAUUGAACAUACACAGCCCCGAAAUCCAAUUGUACCACAAUAUGAGAGAAAAGUGCAAAAAAACAUGAAAAUCGAUCUCCUCUCCUACAAGAUGAUGACUCCGUCCAAACUGAAGGGAAUUCUGUUGACCGAGGCAGAAUUUCAACUGAAUGCUUUGGUGCUCGCUGUAAAAAAGGAAUAUAAAGGCACUGAUUUCACCAAACUUCCUGCCGUUGGGUUAGAAAUUAUCAUUGAGGCCAAACUACAAUAUGCAGCGAUCUCUCUCCAGAGGCUUCAUGUAGCAUUUAGUGCUGCCAUCGCUCUCUCUGCCAUCGAGCUGCUCAACAAAAGUCAGAUCUACACGAAGGACAAACUCACUCGCUCAGUCGCAUCCUCCUCAAAAAUGUCUGCAACCAAAACAAGCCCAAGCCAGCCUCCGGAAAAGAAUGCUGACAGCAGCCCCGGCCAACAGUGCCACAAUGUGGAAGCCCACGAACGCAUAGAUAUCCGUCUUUGGCUAAAAUGUCGGUUGGCUUUUGUGACCGCGUUGACUUCUCAUGUGUACGGUGUGGAGCUCAACAAAGAGAAAGAUUCCAUCCUAGAGACGUCCCUGUUGUGUGCUGAAGGGGUGGAGGAAGCCAAAGCCUGUGGUGAUAUUGAGAUGCAAACUGAAUUUAUACUGCAGACUGUCCUGCUUUAUCUACAACUGGGACAAUUAAAGAGCGACAUCAAGAUCCUUCUGCAGAAUGCGGUGGAUUUACUGAACGGAAGACAGUUUAAUUCACACCGAGCCAAAAUUAUGUUGGCACAAUCCCUGAUUCAAUUGGCUGAUUUAAAAUCACUGGAAACCGAUGGCAAGCUGAGCACCACACAGAACCGGAUAGACCUGUGCAUCUCUGCCCGAAACCUGCUUGUUCAGCAGCUUUUUCUGAUGGGAGAAUUAGUUGAACAAAUUCCUGAUGAUAAUUGUUUCACUCUGGUGGUGCCUUUGAAAAAUAUCUACUUUCCACAGCUUUCCGUGCUAACCAAAGUUAAACUGAGACUAGGGCACGCUUUAGCAAGGAAGGCUUUACAUGACAGCAGCAAAACCAAUUCAUCCCCUUGGAUCCCAGCGCUGUCGGAACUGAAGGCAACGUUAGAUAUUUGGGAAGCCACGGCCACCAGGGAGUUCAAUUUAGAAUCUGAUAUCCUCUUCCAGAAAGGAAAGGUAGAGCAUCAGCUGCUGGAAAUCACUGAAGACCCCAAACUUGAAGGUGCUAAAUCUCUAUUAGACGGCAUUAACGUCAACCUGUUUAAUGAACACAACCUCUGGUUGAUAAAGCAGUCAUACCUGGAAAUCGCGUUGAUUUACCUGCGUGUGUCUGCUGAGCUGGACCGGGAAACAAAAACAAAACCUGAAGCACCUGUAGAGAAAUUGACAACAUCUAAAACAGGUUCAAAACGUCCAAAAAGAAAGCUCUCCUUCAAUGGAGCGAUUACAGGCAAAGGGAGAUUAAAUGAAAUACUUCUACAAAUUUUGAAGCAUUCCCCAAAAUACAUAUUGCCAGCGUGGAUUGCUCUCCGAGCCGCCAAUCAGAUCAGUGAAGCCAUAACCAAUCGACGGUUGCUCCCAGGAAACCCGUCCGUCGAUGACCAAGGUCUGUUCCAGAAGACAAAACAGCAGAUCCCACAGUGUGCAAUCCUCGAUAUUCUAGCUUCAUAUGAAGAUUUUCAGACUGACAUAAAUGAAUUAUUGCCCACCUUCACCACCAUCCAAGGAGAAAUGCUGACAAAUGUACAAGGAAGCGAAGGAGAAAAUAGUGAGGAAAAUGCUGAAGGAAACUUUGAAGAAAAUGUUGAAGUAGACACUGGAAUAGUCAUUGAAAUUGAGGGAAUGAUUGAGAACCAAGAGGGACAGAUUGGGGAACAGUUCGAGGGACAGUUUGAGCAAGAAGCUAAGGGGCAAGUUGGGGAAAUGUUUGAGGAAACAUUUGAAGGGAAGAUGGAGGGAAAGACAGAGGAAAAAGAUGAAGGAACAGCUGCGGGAAAGACUAAGGGAGAAAGUGAGAAAAAAAUGGAGGAAGAGGUUGAGGGAAACGCUGAAGUCAAAGUUGAGGAAAAGACUGAGAGAAAAACUGAAGAAAAUGUUGAAGAAGGUGAUGAAGGCAAAAUGAAACAAGACAAAUAUUCCAUCAUUUUUGAGAAGUAUCAGAAGGAAGCCAGUCAACUGACAAUGAUUCACCUUCUGCGCUAUAAGAGCCACCUAUACAGACUGCAGAACAUCAACCUACAUUCUGCUGGAUCAGAAUUCAAAUGUUUGAAGGAACAACUGGCAAAAUACAGUAAGCAGUUCAAUUCUACUUAUAACGCUGCCAAGCCAGAAACAGAAACAGAAACAGAUGAUGAGUCUCUCUCUCUGCACGCUGUGUUGGAUGGACUUUGUACAUCAGUGUUUGACACCGGGACUUCCCUGCGGCUGUUAGCGAUGCACGAGUUUCUAACACAGAAUGUCUUUGUGUAUAGAACUACCUGCUGCGGAGAAACUCCACCCAAACCUCUCUCUGAAUUGUUCGAAAAACCUCUCAGAACUUCAAGGAUUAUUCAAGAACAAUACUACACCACAGUGUUUGGAGAAUACAUGAUUGCAUCCCCAGAUGAAAGCCUCACUGCUUCCAAGUACACCAGCACUCACAUCGGCAAGACAGUGAGUGCUCCCACUAAAGAGCUGUGUAUCCAGUGGUAUUUGCCAACCUUAGACAAACCUCCACAGAUCUCAGAAAAACAGGUUUUGCUGAUCUACGCCUUCAAUAACAAAGCUGUCACUGUGAUUAGUCUCAAGACUUGCCGAGUGCCUCAUGUUAACGCUGGUCAGAAAUGGAUUCCUCUACAUGGACUACUGUUGCUGCAUGAGAAACUGUCUGAAUUAAGACAACAAGCUGAGGCCUUGUUACAAGUGAGAGAAAAAACAUCUUCAGAAAGUCCAGUGCAUUUUGGUAGCUCAGAGAAACGUUUGGGUUCUGCAACCAAGACUGAAGCAUUAAGUGAAAAAUCCCGUAAAAUCCAGCAGCUCGAGGAUAUGACGAGACUUUGCUGCACCCAAAUUAAACAACUCUUACUUUCAAAAGCAAACAUUGAACCAGAACCUGAGAUUCCAUUUGAUGUGUCAAUCUCAAAUCUGCAAACUCUGGAAAAAAUCUUUGAUCCUUCGCGGGGACACAUACUGUCACCGGGCCUCCUGCUGGACUGGAUUAUUUCUUUCAUUAUAUUUGUUUAAACCUAUCGUUAACUACAUUGUUGGUUUUGAAACUGCAGCUGAUUUCUAAUCCAUUGAAAAUAUUUUGUUCUUCGAUUCUUUAGCCUUUAGCCUGAUGCCUAUUGCCUCAACAAUUAACUAAACAUUCAAACACAUUAUAUUUACAAUGACAACAUUUUGAAAAAAUUUUGAUACACAUAAAUGAUUUUAUUAUUUUCUUUUGACCUUCAUUACAGAGUUAAUCUUUCAUACGUGUUACUAAACAUUUCUUUCGAUGUUUACUUGGAUAAAUGUUUCUUUUGCUCUUAUUAUUCAGAUAAACAUACAUUUUCCUGUUACUUUGAAAGAAACGUCUCUUUUGAAUGAUUCAAAUAUUUUGUAGUUUACUCAAAUACACCAGUGGAUAUUUAUUGAUCCAAAUAAUAUAAGAUAUUGUAUAAAUUACAGAUGGUUUU